GCUGCAAUCAAAUAGAAAGCAAACCGUAACCAACAAACAGAUAAUACAAGAUAACGAACUAUGGAGAUAUUCACAGAAAUGACAACGAAAGUCAAUUGACUGGCGCAGCUCGAGUGCGGUGGACAAACCGAAUAAGACGAUUUGGGCCAGUCACGUCGACAGCCACAAGAAAAAAGGCUUUCCAUCUUUAGUGGAUUCAGAAAAGUGAACUCAGUGGUAUCCAAAACGUAUCACCGAGAAAAAGACGAUGGAUACAGACGUGAUCGCGCAACACUACACUAAGAUGGUCGUGUUGGGAGGCACAUUUCAAAUAGGAGACCUGUACGACUACCGCAAUGACCGCAUAGUGACAGGUCGUCCAUGCUGGGAUUCAGAUGAAAUAGCGCGAGCUUCAACGAUCCGAGAUCAAUUUACGUUGAAAAUAAAGAGCCCUGACUCCGGCUCCACUAGCAACAAGCGAGAAAACGUGGGACUAGACGAGCAUUUGCAGGCCAGCGUCAUGGCCGGUCUCAUCGAAAAAUAUCGCGGUGCUGCAAAAUACCUGAGCAAUCGAGCCAGUCCUUUAGAAGCCAGCCAAGUCUUGAUCUGCCGCGCCAAAUCAAGAAAGGUCAGUCUGGACUUGCAGACUCUGAUGAGCCAAGACGUUCCGCAUCUUGUUGAAUCAAAGAAAGAAGUGGAGUCGUCAACAUCCAAAACAUUACCAACCCAUGUGGUGGUGGGCGUCACAUACGGAGCCGAAGCUUAUUGCGUUCUAGCGUUAGAGUCAGACGAAGAUGCCCAAGAAAAAGACCAAGAAUACCUGUCCGAAAUAGCAAGUAAAAUGGAGGCGGCGUUCAGCAAAAGCCUGGAUUUCUACGGGUUCAAAGAUUUGUUCAAUGAAGAAGAGAGAAAGCAACUGACUCGCAUUAAAUGUCGUCUGUACGUCGAUCUCCAGACUUCGCCUUUCCAAGAGGGUAGCGUCUUCAGCACUUUUAAACAAUGUCAUAAACUAAUUGAGCAAGUUCGAAAGGGGGACAUCCGAAACAAAAAGAUUGUACCGAUUGCUGUCCUCCUCUGUCCACUCAAAGCCAUCAUGGGGCCAGCUGUGGGAGUAUACCCUGAAUAUCAAGAUGUCGACUCUGAGUUGUUAGAUCGCUGUUGCCGUACGUGGGAGGCGCUGGAUAGCAUCUGCGCAAAGUCGGUCGCCAUUCGCACUAAAAACAAGAAAGCCAGCCCCGCUUCAUUGCGUCAAUUCGAAAAAGCUUUAGACAAAUACAAACAGCUGGUGCAAAAAGCUUUUGGGAGCAGCGUUGUGGAGGCGCGCCAAACUGGCAAAGAGGACGAGAUUGAAAGAGUAGCUAAAAUCGCUGAAAAUCAUGCGAUUUUCAAGCCAUCUCGACUGGAACGAUGGCUCCGCUUCAAACAGGCAGAGUACGAAAUGUCCUGUAAAAUAGGCAGCAUUACUGAAAUCGAAUGUUUGGCUAACGAAAAAGAACUGGAGAAAAACCUGGCAGUUUCCUUCAACAAAAAAUACUCUGUGGUGCUCAGAAUUCCACCACUGGACGAACUGACGAACAAAACUCUCGAAAACAUGAAGGAAUACGUCGCUUCGUACAAGAAACUUACACCGGUACGUGACGACGACGAAGACACCGACGAAGGUAGCACUGACGAUGAAGAUGAAGACGAAGAAGACGGAGACGACGUUCCGUGGCACAUGCUCAAACGCAAUCAGAAGCCUGUGCUGGCCAGAAUCCAGGAGCUUGCCGAUCACCUGGAAAAGAAUCAACACAUAGAGAAACAUGUAGAGUUUUUGAUUGUAUUUGGCGACGCGGACGAGAAAUUCGGAUGUCGCUAUUCCGUCUACGAAACCGGACGGUUACUUAGGGACAACUUGAACCAAUUGCCCAGACCUCCCACUGGCCUGCGGAUUCGCCCUCCGAAAACCCGUCCUGCUAGGAAAACAACUUCUACGUACGCCAUCGAUCUCGAGUGGGACUAUGAAGACCUUGGUUUCCCGUGCCACUUCUUGGUAGAAUAUCGACUGGAUGGGAACAAGGAUGAAGUAUGGACGCAACGGAAGACGACGAAAUCCGGUGAGACCCAACUGGCAAUUCCCUACACAAGUGGAUCGGCGAUGACGAUCCGCGUGGCGGCUGACACUUGCAUCGGUCGAAGUGAAUUCAGCGAAGUCGUCGAUACAGCCACGGUACGCGAACUAAAUGAAGAUCAAGAGGCGAUCCAUGAAAAAGAAUUUUUAGUUUCAAAAUCGGAAACUUACGUCGAUCCGAAAAACGAAGAGGAGAUGGAUCGAUCUAGGAAGACUGAACCUGCUGCAACAUCUAUGUCGACGAGUCAACAGCCAAUAGAAACAAUCGGAUCGUCGAUGAAAUUCCGGGUGGCGGCUGAUACUUGCAUCGGUCGAAGCGAAUUCAGCGACAUCAUCCAUACAAACACGAUAGUGGAUGCUAGUGAAGAUGGCGAGACUCUUUCCGACGAGGGAUCAAUCUGUUCGGAAGUAGUAAAUCCCGACACUGGAAGACAAGACGAAUCAGUUCAACUCGUAAGUCAGCCCCCGACCAACAGUAAGGCUGAACGACCUGAUUUAACGCCUCCGACUGACGUGAAAGUUGGAAUGGUGGGACAGUCCACGGCGGAAUUGAGAUGGAAGGCAACCAGUGCAGGAAACGAAGUCUUUUAUCGCGUCCUGUAUUGGCAAGCAGGAGAAGAUGAUUCAUCUGCUAAUGAACUGAAGGUCCCUUUCAAUGAGUCCGGAUGUCAAUUGGAGAACCUUCAGCCCGAAACAACGUACCGCGUUCACAUCGUGACCGUUUCCAAUGAUGGAGGGCAGACCAGUGCACCGAGCGAGUGCGCCUACCUGACGACGAUCCAACAAGAUGCCCGUUUCGCCAAAAUUCUAGUCAAGCGUUGCAGCAAGAUCGGUGUUAGAAACGGGAUGGAUCUCUUUGCUGUUCCACUCGUCGAAUCAUCGGAGCUGAAUUCAACGGUCGAGCGUUUUAGCUUCGGCAAUGGUGGUACUAAAAAAGCACAACACAAGACGAUUUUAGUUAUGGGAGCAUCUGGGGCCGGUAAGACGACGCUCAUCAACGGCAUGAUCAAUUACAUUUUCAAUGUUGAAUGGGAGGACACGUUUCGAUUUCAGCUGAUCCACUCGCAAUUGGUGGGCAAUUCGCAGGGCCACAGUCAGACCAGAAACAUCACAGCGUACGACAUCCAUCACGCAGAAGGAUUCCGCGUCCCGUUCUCCUUGACGAUCGUCGACACGCCCGGCUACGGUGACAGUGAAGGCCUCGAUCGCGACGAGGAAAUCACAGAAAUGAUUCGCAAGUUCUUCGAGGACAAAAACGGCAUCCAGGAUCUGGACGUCAUUGGUUUUGUGGCACAAGCUUCACUGCCUCGCUUGACGCCUACCCAGACGUACAUCUUCGACUCGGUGCUGUCCAUCUUCGGUAAAGAUGUCAAGGAGAACAUUGACUUCUUGCUGACGUUCGCCGACAGCCAGGUGCCACCUAUUCUAGAAGCGAUAACCGAGACCGAGCUCCCGUAUCCGGUAGACCUCGAAACCGGGAAACCGCGCCACCACAAAUUCAAUAAUUCCGGUUUCUUCUGCUCAAGCCUCGAGUCUGGAGGUGGCGCCAGUAAUAACACCGACAAGUUUAAACGCUUUUUCUGGAACAUGGGAAUAGAGAAUUUUCGACGCUUCUUCAUCGCAUUGGCCACAAUGGAGACGAAAUCACUUUCGUUAACCAAAGAUGUUCUCGAGGAGAGGAAGCGAUUGGAAGUGACUGUAGAUGGGCUCCAACCGCUCAUUAAAAUCGGCCUGGCCAAAAUGGAGGAGUUGAGGAAAAUCAAGCAGAAAAUUGCCGAAAGUCAAGUGCAGAUUGGCGCCAAUCAAAAUGUCCAGAUCGAGGUGGAGACCAGUGUGCCAAAAAAAGUGAUGAACCGGAGCGGUCAUUUUCUGACAAAUUGCAACAAAUGUUAUACGACUUGUCAUCUUACCUGUGUAUUUGCCAACGAUAGUGACAAGGCAAGAUGUUCUGCUAUGAAUCAAAACAUGCCGGAAGAAAAUCGAACCUGCCGCAUUUGCCCGCAGAAAUGCAUCUGGAACAUGCACGCCAACCAACCGUACAGGUGGGAGUACGUCUUGGAGAAGCAGAUCCUUUCAUCGGAAGCUAUCAAAGAAAAAUACGAAAAGGAAUUGAAGACGAAACUGACAGCCGAAGAAGUAUUGAAAGCUUUGGAAAGGGAGGUCGACGAAAACAACAAGACUGUUCUGGAACGCGUCAAUAUUGUUUCACAAUGCAUCCAGCAGCUUGAUGCGAUCGCUCUACGUCCGAAUCCGUUCUCGACUCCUCAGUACAUCGAUCUGAUCAUUGACGCAGAACAGCGAGAAAGACGUCAGGGCUACAACGAGAGGAUCCAGAGUUUGAAGAAGCUGCGCACGAUGGCCGUUACUAUGAAAAAGAUCAAGGAUAAAGAAGACGUGAUGAGUGUGGAUUCAUUGGACGACCAAGCGGCUCACGCGGCUGUCAACAAAGACGAAGAUGACGUAGGUUUCUACAACUACGAGGACACCAUGUCACGACGAGUCCGUUCUAACCCUCCAAAUUAACGAAACGGACACGUCUCUUUCCGUUUGGCAAAUAAAAUCUUCGACUGUUGUCUUCGUUGCCUGUCCAGUUCUUUAGCGUUACUUAGUGUGUGCUUAUAAAAUCUAACAGCAAUACUGCAGUACUAUUAAAAUUUUUGAUUUUGUCUUUUCUUGGGCAACAUGGUGAUGGUAAUUUGAAUAUGAAAUACACGGACGAUUACAGGA